UCCUAAACCACAAGUCAAGACACAAUAUACCAGCGGAUAAAUCAUUGUUUUCCACAUUUCUGGCGUCCUACAGAUGCCGAGUACUUAUCUUUUGUAACAUUAUUUAAAUGUCACUUGAAGAAGUUUCCCAGAGACCGAGUUCUGCGUCAUCGAAAGAGCACAUUUAUUCGACCGAGAGAGAGGCUUCCUCUCGACUUACAGCACGCUUAGAACGAUCGGUCAAUAAGCGAUCACGGGCAAAACAUCGAGUGAACUAUCAUGAUUCCUCUGCUCCAAGCCGCAGACGGGAACCACAUCAGGAUUACGGCCAGAGCAAUAAUAUGGAGAGCGGAAAUCAGAGAGCUCACCGCGAAAACGACAGGUCUCUGAGAAAAGUGCCACCCUUCUACGAUCACAGGCAGGAUGGCAGUCAACAGUUCUACAGAAAAUCUGAUACUGGCGACAUGAGGAAACAUGGUCGACCUCAGAGCUGGUACGGAGCUGAAAGUCCGGAAAAAAAAUUCAAAGAGAGACCACAAAGCAUACAUGAAAUAUCUUUGGAUCGAAACAAUCAGAAGAACAACUGUAUUCCUGGGCGUGAUUAUCAUAGCUUCUCUAACGAUACACGUUCGUCGAAAUCUGGUUAUAAAAGCACUGGCUUCAGAGACCGCAGAAGUAGACAUUUUGAAUUGUCAAGGUCGUUGUCGUCGAGUUUCAGCUCCCAAGUGGGGUCCUCUGCGGAUGAGGGUGAGAGGGACCGUCAUGGAGUUGACUCCGCAUAUGACAUGACAGAACGAUCCCCAUAUGGGUCCCUUGUACUAAGGCGUUUUAGCCAAUCAAGUUUAAGCUCCUCUAGUGCGUCUUGGCAACAGUCCACGAACUCAUUGAGUCACCAUGCCGUGAGAGGUCACGGGGGAUCUGGGUCACAAGGCACCAGUUCCCCAGAUAAGUUCCACAGGCACAGAGACCAUCAACGCCAGACAGUUCACAAAGAAGUUUACUUAAAACAAUCUCCGAAGAUUUCCGAACACAUUUCAACUACGAAUGCAACCUUUAUCUCUGCCGCACCAGUGACCCAGUACUCGGGUCACGCCAUUCGCGUCAACGCUCAACCUCAUCGUUCACACAAUUCUCAUGUUUUCGUUCAAGCUACGCCUUACUCUUCUGGUCAUCAUGUCACGACAUCUGUUCCAAGUCGGUUAUACAAUCACAACGUCACAGACUCCGCCAACAACGUUUCUCAGGUGUACCCUUCUGUCACGCAAGUUUCAUCCACACCUACUCAAUCGCCACGAAAUUCUUGGACGCGAGAUGAUGAAGACACCACUGGACAACUGAGCCCGUCAGUGAAAGAUUUAGCGAAACGUUUCAGCGGCGAAUUUUCCACAGAAUCAUUUGAGGAACUGCACGAAAUGAAUGAUAGAGAACGGAGGCGCGUAAAGGCUCAAACAUGGCCCAAGUUUGCGUAUGUCCACUCUCCGAAGGAUCGCAUUACCCACGGUGAACAAGACCAUGGCCACGAGGUUGCACCGCCAAAACCCCCGUAUCCACAGAGUUUAGUAGAAGACAUGGCUGUUGUAGAAACGACUAUUGAGUCAAGGAUUAGCAGAAACGAAGCAGAUGGUCCCUUACGAGCGCCUGAUAAGAGUUACACAUUGCCAGCGCAUGGUCAGUGGAGUUACAUUAACGGCUCUGUAAGCGCUGAUAUGCUCGCCACGCAUCGCUUAAGUCUUCAGGAGCUUAUCAAACUGCAUGAAAACGAAAUAGCCAAACAUGCCAAGAGCGCCAAGGCGACUGCGCAUGCCCAGAUUUACCUGAAACGCCCCGUAAACGAAAAGCCGCGAAACGCGCAAAGCCCACAAACGUCACCGCGAGAGCUGUCAAGGGAUGGGAACUGGGCUGGGUCAUCUCCGACUGCUCACAAACAAUUUUCAGUUGUGAACAGAGUUGUGGAUGGCAAGCAAGCCGUAUCUCAGUAUGAGCCAGUCGAAAGAACGCCGAUAAAGGUGAUCGAGGUCACCGAUAAGGGCAGCAUGCCGUCAGUUAACUCUGAAAUACGAGAGCGAUCCCCGAUCAAAGGCAAAAGGCAUCGCACAAUCGGCGUUGUCGGGUUCCGACAACAGAUUGAUCGCGUUACCGAAGAAAAAGCCGAGAAUAAACCGAAGCGUCACACAGCGAUCGGUAUUGUAAGUGUCAAGGCUGUGGACACAUUAGAACGUCAGUUGGUGAAAGAGGAGACCUGUGUAGUAAGCCACGCUGGCUAUGGGGUGAACAAGAUUCCAGAGAAAGGGCUUGAAAGCUUGGACAGUGAACAGAGAAACAACAACGUUGUGCUUAACCAAGAUUCACGACAACCUCCCACAAGCAUGAGGGUAAAAAAACGUAAAGAAUUCGACAGGACGGGGAGAACUGACUUGGAAGACGAGGACAUCCUUGAUGAGGUUUUCGAGCGUAAUGAAACAUCCAUACAAUUCGUUCGCUCGGAAGGAGUCGUUCAAACUCGGCCGGAAUCCGAGCAUAACCGAGAGCGUAAGACAGCGAGAUCUGACGAGCUCACAAAGGGCGAAGGAUUGACUAGGAUCACAGUUGCUUCUUCGGAAAAACCGGGUCAACCUGUUGAGCCGAUAAGCACCCAGUCUCCGAGCUUACGGAACGACGGUCGCACGUGGAACGUUCCAGUUUCAGGCCGUGCGCACAAUUAUCCCAAACCUUACGCGAUGUCUAAGGCUGUACCAGUCGCGCAGGUUUCGCCUGUUAGUCCAGCCCUUGAACUGUCUUCUAGAGCUAAUCUUACAAAGGAUAAUUUCACUGAACCUUUACCGCUUUCUAAGUCUCAAUCUGCUCGAGAAAUGUACGAAACGAGACUUGCCUUGUGGAAUUUGUAUCCUCCUGAUACUAGCCCAGCUAUGCAUUCAUCGGAAACUUCAGGAAAUACGCCCCUAGAUGAGAAAAUUGGUGUUGAAACAGAGCGAAAUAAUUUAGGAUCAAUAAAGGCUUUGGAUGCACCGGAAGACAGAAUGAUUCACGAAAAUGAAACGAAGAACGAACCGAGAGGUUUCGCGAGGCCGAACUUGGAAGAAUAUUAUUCGAAAUUUAUAGAGAAGUUAAAAAAUGAAAAUAAGGAAUUGAUCGCGAAAUACGAAAUGGAGAAGAGAGAAUUGAGGCAGAAAUACGAGGAACAAAGAAAAGUAGCCAAUGCUUAUCAAAAGCUAGAAGACAGGUACAGACGUCGCGUGCACGAGUUACAGGAAGCCCUCGCCGGCUGCACAUGCCAAAGCCCAUUCGUGAAUCAAAAUCACGUUAAAGCACCACAAAGUGUGACCACAAGAAGCGAGAAGGAAGGUGACAGGUCUAUCGUCUCAAGUAUCAAAGGGCUAAAAACACUCGACGAUCUAGAAGACUGGUUGAGCGAAAACUCAAAAGACAACAGUGCCUCUAGAAAGAACAACAACACAGAAAGUAGAAACAGUUUAAUCAGCAGUUCGUCCGACAUGACGGGAACCGCGUCCGCCUGGGACGAGCUCUAUGAUCGGCUUAGAGCCACAGGUGAGAUUGAUGUGGAGAAUGGUACGCAUGUCUGACGUAACAGUUCAGCGCCAUUUUGGAUUUGGUAGUGACGAGCCUGUUAACUUUCAAACACCCUCGUUAUCAAUGGUCAGCGGAAAAUGGCGUUGCCGCGGCACCAGCCGUGGCUUACCAAGAGUAACACAUGGCGGUCAGAUGCAAAACAGCGAGAGAACUGCACGAAUUUUAGGUGAAAAUCAUACGAACUUUUGUCAUUUUAAGGUUGACUGUGCGGUCAACAAGAAGUUUCCACUUGUCUCGGUCCUUGCCUUAACCAGGUGAUAUUUCAGGCUGUUAGACGCGCAGGCGUUAACAAUACUUUCACUUUCAGUAACUCUCUUUCAGUGAAAUACUUUCAUUUGGCAAUUUUGGCGGGAAUUGUGGCCUCCGUAAAGUAUGUACUAGUGUUUCUCGUUCAAAGCCCUUUGGGGUAAGCUCCUUUCCACAUUUUCCGGCAAGCUUUCACAGACCAUUGCGAUUGAGAUAUUGAGGUUAGUUUUUGGUUCAAAAAAUGGUUGUUGCUCGUUUCAAACGCUUUUAGAGUUAGCUAAAGGAUACGUGAACAGGUAUAUGCGAGAAGUGGCCUUGGGCUCUCUUUUAUCGAUAUUUUACCUCUUUCUUUUACGCUGUCAGUCUCGAGGACUAGCGAGUCGUUUUAAUUAAUUUAUAAACACAAAAAUGCCGUAUAUUUUGAAAAUUAAGAGUUUAUGAUAAAUUUAAAAUAAUUCUCCAAAUGUGAGUUCUGUGAAAAUCAAGUAAAUCCAAUGAGCGGGAAAAGGUUUUGUGAAUAUACGAGUUAUUAAUUUUCUUAGAAAAGUAAAAACUUGAAGUGAAACUUGUA